AUGGCGCCUGCCCCGACACACACAGAUCACUUGCUAACUGCUGCUGCCAAUCAAGAUAAAGGACCAGAUGGUGAACGACACAGGGCAGACACUAUUGAUAGUGUGAUUCAUGUGAGAGAUGUGAGCCCAACCUUGUCCACGCUUGAUGCCCCCAGCACAGACAGGUUUGAGGAUAGCACAGCUGCAGUGUUUACUUCAGCAGCAGCAGCAUCGACGACAACCAGUGGUAGUUUAAGCAACUGCAUACAGGUGAAUGCUAGUUAUGACCCAACUAAUAAUUCAGAAAGGGGCAAUGAUAAGUCAGCUGAGAUCACUGGAGGCAGUGCAGUGACAUGCUGGUGUCAGCUGGGACAUGUUUGUGACCGAUGUUGCUUGAAUUCAAUGGCCCGAGCCCAGCCUGACCCUCGGGAGCUCACAGAGCUAGGGAGCUGCCACACUGGGUGUACUAGAGGGCAACCAGGUACAGACAUCACAUUGGCCAGGGCACCAACCAAUCAGACAACAGAUGCAAUGCUACCUCAGAAGUCAGAUUGUGAGCUGGAGAACACAGAGGCUCAUGGUUAUCUGUCUGUCAUGGAGAGGAGACAACACAAACGCAAGCUUGGCCAGUCUGCUUUGUUUCCUUUGGAUGUGAUCAGUGUUGAUAUAUCUAAACAAGCCAGAGUGGAAGAAAACUAUAGCUCCAACAACUUAGCUACUGAAGACAGAUUAAUGCUGACACAGGGAAGGCUCAUACUAAUGGGCGAUACAGUUGAUACAAAUGUCCUUUCAGGUGAAAGCGGCACAUAUCAUCUCCAUGUUGACCGGAGAGAACUGGGGAAUGAAAGGCAAGCAGAGUGUUUGGUGGCAUCUGCAGUCUUAGACACAAGUCCUGUUUGUGAGGGCAAACACAGAGCUUCAGGCAUGGCAGGUGGGGAGCUCUCUGCAGCUGGAGACACUGUCAGACUUGCGGGUGAGUGUGGAGCCAGACUUGUGGGCUAG